UCAAAUCAAAGAAAAUAUUUUUUUUUGGCUUGUAAUUAUUUAGGAUAUUUAUCGAUAAUUAGGAAAAAAAAAAGAUUAGGAAUUUCUGCAACCCAGAACCGCCAGCCAGAACUCCUGCAUUCCAAGACAGAACUUCAUUUCUCCCUUGUUUUUUUGGUGCAGGAAUUUCUGGUCUGGGGUUUGAGUCUCCUAUCUCUCUUUUUCUCUCUUAUCUCUAUCCUAUCCAAAAGUCUUGCUUGCAUAACAAGUAUUGAGGUUACCCACAUCCAAAAGUUGUUUCUUGUCUUCCUUUUCCCUGCACAUUGUGGAGGAUUUUGUAUUUUGGGGGCUUUGGGGCAAUGUGGGCAGGGCUACAAUGAUCAUCAUGAUGAGGCUUUAAACAUGUGACUGAGGUUGUUCUUGGGGGUUCUAAGAGACCCAUAUUGAGAAUUUGAGGAGGGAUGAUGGAUUGAAGGGAAACUCUUGGGUUUCCCAGGAAUGUGAGAUCAAAAUAUUUGAUUAGUGCCUCUCAUAUAUUUGCAGAUAAGGGGUGAUUUGGGAAUAUACAGGGGAUUUCUGAGGUGACAAUAUGGGCUGCAUUUGCUCGAAAGGAACCUCAGAACCAGAACACGUACAGGAUUCUAAGAGAGUAGAAAGUAAUUUGAAGGAGUAUUCGGUUCAAUUGGUUGCUCCAACUCCUUCACUAAGAGAUGACUUUGUAUCAGAAGGUGGUGAUUCAUCAAUGCGUUUGUUAUCAAGAAACGCUUCCAAAGCAAAUGGGAGAAUUAGCAAUGUGUCUAGAGAUCAUGAAGAUAAAUCAAAGGUUCAGAAACCUGGGAUUGCUAAUCAUCAAAGAGGGGCAACAGUGGAAAUGGCCGCCAAGGAAAAAAAAGUGGCAAUGUCUAGGAUAGUGAGCUUGCCACUUGGUGAAGAAGCCUCACAAGCAGCUGCAGGGUGGCCUUCGUGGCUAACUUCAGUUGCCGGAGAUGCCAUCCAAGGGUGGGUUCCUCGCCGGGCAGACACCUUUGAGAAGCUAGACAAAAUCGGACAAGGAACUUAUAGCAGUGUAUACAAGGCUCGUGAUCUUGAAACUGGUAAAAUAGUUGCAUUGAAGAAAGUACGGUUUGUAAAUAUGGACCCGGAAAGUGUGCGCUUCAUGGCUAGAGAAAUCUAUAUUUUACGUAAACUUGACCAUCCAAAUGUCAUGAAGCUUGAGGGUCUAGUCGCUUCAACAAUGUCAUGCAGCUUAUAUCUUGUGUUCGAGUAUAUGGAUCAUGACCUUGCAGGUCUUGCAGCAACACGUGGCAUCAAGUUUACUGAACCACAGAUAAAAUGUUUAGCGCAACAAUUGCUUAGUGGCCUUGAACACUGCCAUAGUCGAGGUGUCCUGCACCGAGAUAUCAAGGGUUCUAAUCUUUUGAUUAAUAAUGAUGGAGUUCUCAAGAUUGGUGACUUCGGUUUGGCAACAUUUUAUGAGCCCGAUCAGAAGCAGCCAUUAACUAGUCGUGUUGUAACUCUGUGGUACAGGGCACCUGAGCUUCUGCUUGGUGCCACAGAGUAUGGUCCGGCAAUAGAUCUGUGGAGCACAGGCUGUAUCCUUGCAGAAUUGUUUGCUGGAAAGCCUAUCAUGCCUGGUAGAACAGAGGUGGAACAAAUGCAUAAGAUUUUCAAGCUCUGUGGUUCACCAUCUGAGGACUUCUGGAAGAAAACAAAAUUACCACAUGCAACUAGUUUCAAGCCUCAACAACCUUACAAGCGUCGCCUUGCUGAGACCUUCAAAGACUUCCCUUCUACAGCUUUGACUCUUGUCGAUAAACUCCUCGCCAUAGAAGAAGAUCAUCGAGGAUCUGCUGGUUCAGCCCUUAGAAGUGAAUUCUUCACUACACCGCCUGUAGCUUGUCAUCCAUCAGCUUUACCACACUAUCCUCCAAGCAAGGAGUUUGAUGCCAAGCUUCGGGAUGAGGAAAAAAGGCAAAGAGCGGAUCCUAUUAAAGGGCGUGGUCCUGAAUCUGUUAGAAGGGCUUCAAGAGAUGCCAAGAUAGCACCAACACCAGAUUAUGCCCAAGGAAAUAUCCAGCAGGGAAAGUCGAACCCGAAAUCCAUGGGUCACAAGUACAUGCCUCACCAGCAGGAUAGUGUCUCUGGCUUUGCAAUGGAACCACACAGAGGAGCUAGGCAGAAUGGUUAUUCUCAAUGUAGUUCAGUGAUACAUCCUCGUAGUGCAGUAGGAUCAUCAUUGAAUAAGACGACAGCUUCUACAAAACAUAAGCCAGAAUUAAGGGAGCUGAAAUCUCACAAGCCUCUAACUGCAACAGACUUGUUUAAUUCUUCCAGUAGGAAGGAUGACAGACUGUUUUUCAAAGAAUCUGGAAUGCGGUACGUACCUCAGAGCAGAAUCCAUUGCUCUGGACCGUUGGUACCUCCAGGGGGAAACAUUGAAGACAUGCUCAAAGAGCAUGAGAGACACAUCCAACAGGCAGUACGUAAAGCUCGUGCACGCUGACAAGACUAGGACCAAUAAAGAGCUUGGAGAAUGACCAUCAAAGACGUAUCAGUGAUUCUGUUCCACGCCAAUCCUGCUAAAGCAACAGCUGCUUGCUGCCACCAAGAACCUUCUUCGCUAGUUCAGUAAAAAAGCCUAGGGGGAAUUCUAGCAUAGUGGUUUAAUGAAGAUCGAUAAAGGUGGUUCAGACCAAAAGAAGAAGAAAAAAUGGAAGGUGGUUGGACCAAAAGAAAGCAAAGUGAAGGUGUUAUACAGUGGGAACUAAAAAGCAACGGAUGGGGUAGAUGAUAUAUCCUUUUGUACUGUAGUGUGAAAACUGAGAAGGAUAAAUGCUUGGAACAAUUUAUUGGUUACUCAACAAGUAGAGAUUUGGAGCUUUCGCUUUGUAUAGAGGAUGCAGGACGGAUGUUGUUUAUGUACAUUGUAAAAUAUCCAUUUUAUCUUGCUACAUGAUUCAUUUUUGUACCGAAUA